AUGGUGCCUUCUAGCCUCGAUGUAUACUUCGCCGCAGUGCGGGACAUCCAGACGACGCGAUAUGCGCAAUUGGCCUCGAGCUCGAUCAUCAUAUUUGAUCAUUUGGCGACAUUCAGCGAUGAGGUCGAGCUAAUCUGGAGUUCUUCUUGGUCCAUUGGAAAAGUCUUAUUCAUCAUCAACCGGUAUUAUGGUCUGGCUUCCGUAAUAAUGAACAACUAUGGCUUGUUUAGUCCCCAUCUGACGGACACAGUGAGCGAACAUUUCUUCCAGUGGCAAGGCUGGACAGGGCUAGUAGCUUGCAUGAUUGCGGAAGUUAUCCUCCAAAUGCGACUUUAUGCACUCUACUUCCUCAACAAGAAAGUCCUUGCGGUCAUGAUCCUUGGUUUCAUUAUAUCGUCGACAUUGUCAGCUGUCGUGAUGGGAACCAUACUGUCCGGAAUUACCGCCCAUGCACACGCUGUCCCCGGAGUCCGCUUUUGCAUACCGAACCAAAUUGGAGAUCACUUCUUUCUAUUUUGGAUCCCAGUUCUAUGUUUUGAAAGCUUGCUUGUCGCCCUCGCUCUAUUCCGCGGUUUCCAAGGCGCUCUCUCCGAUGGAUCACUGUUUAGAAGCGGUCGGGCGUUGGUGAAUGUACUGAUAAGAGACUCAGUGCUGUAUUUCCUGGUAAUGUUCGCGACCUAUUUAACGAACAUGUUAGUCUGGAUCGGAGCCCCUCAAAGUCUUCUUGAGGUACCUAUCGGAUUCAGUGUUGCGAUGUCCUGCGUCCUGGGUAACCGCAUUAUCCUCAAUGUUCGCCGUACCACCCGUGACGCCGAGCUGGCGAAAGCCGCACGGGACGAAGCGCUAGCCUCCCACCUUACCUCCUCCCAAGUGCACAUCUUCAGCCCCAGCCAUUCCUCCAAGUCGCACUCGAUACGCGUCCCCUCCCGCCCAAAACAUCACCGCAAACACGAGCUGUCCACUGCCGAUACCAGCUUCUUCUCCCCUCCCCUCCCAGACGAGCCGGAGUACCUUUCGAUGCAUGUGAAUGUGGAUGUCGAAGUAUUCCAUCCAGAUACCCAAGUGCGCACGGUACUCAGUGAUGUCGAACUGACGGAACUGCGGUCUAUGCGGACGGAGCUCCAGUCAUGGUCAGAUCGCGGCCGCGGGCAUCCACCUAGUCAUCAGAUAGGGUGGGCAAUAUGA